AGCUCGCUGCCCUCCAUGUCUUCCAAUCCUUUAGUCCCAAAGGCUGAAGAAGAUUCGGCUGCCACACGGAAGCCCCUCCCGAGACGCAGAGGAGGCCAAGAAACAGAGCUAGGAGACGUCCGCCUCGCCAUCGCCAUGGCUGGCUGUUGCGUCUUCCUCCGGUGGCCGUCGACCUCGCCCUCCCGCAUCGGCUACCGCUCCCUCGACGACGAGGCCGACGAUUCCGCUGCCGGCCCGUCUCCGGCGACGGUGACGGUCGUCGUCGGGAAGGAGCGGCGGGUGUUCACGGUGGACCAGCUCGUGCUCGACUCCUACCCGUUCCGGGUGCUCCUGGAGACGAUCGCGAGGAAGGAGGAGCGGAGGGGCAGACCCAUCUUCGUCGACGUCGACGCCAUCCUGUUCGAGCACAUCCUCUGGCUCGCCUGCGACGGCCGGUCCGUCUCGCAGCUCCUGCAGCUCGACCUCAAGGAGAUCAUCGAGUUCUACUCCCAGGACGCGUGAUUACGAUCCUCCCUGCCCGUCCAUGCAUUCGGCUCCUGAUUUCUUGAUCAGAUUUUUUUUCUUCUUCCUAUGCUAAUGUGCAUACUGAUGAUUACCUGUUACAAUGCUACUGUUGGCAAUGGAAAAAUUGGAAAUAGUGAAGUGUAAACAUGGCUGCUUUGCACGACGUCGGCGAAAAAAACGACGCGCUUAGACAUUAAAAAUCUGUUGCGACCUUCUGAAGCUUGUUGAUCA